GAUGCCCCUAGACCGUUGGGAAAGGUCGGCAUGAAUGAGGCAGUUGGGCAGCAGAGCGAAGACGGGAAGCAAGCUGGCCAUGCCGCUGUCGUCAUUUACUUAUCUCCCUCCAUCGAUCAAGCUGGCCAUCGCCAAAAUAUUUAUUCUCAUCGCUGGCUUACGUUAAAAGUCAUUCCUCAUAAUACGGCGCCGCAUAAUACUGCUCCAUGUUUUGAAUCCUACGAUUCGAUAAAUCAAAGAUUCUUUUCUGGCAAAUGGGGAAGGAGCGGGUGAUGUAUCCGGUUAGUGAAGUCAACUUGGAGACGGUGAAGUACGUGCCGGAAAAUAUACAAGCCCCGCAUUUGACUGGGCUUGGUUUGCAGUUAUUUGUCAAGUUGGCUGAAGCGCAGCUAUAGGGUCAUUGAUUAUGGCUCGCUUGAAGAAUCAAAACAGAAUAGUAGAGAUGUUGAAGAAAACCGUCAUUCCAGAGGCUCCAAUGUUUAAGCCUGAGUUCACACCACAAGAGCCAGAAUGUUGUGUAUCUUUAUUGGAAGAAGACGGAUCCCCUCAAGACAGGGUUGGCAUUGCCUUUAACUGUCUCCCACAUAAUGAUCCUGCUAGCAAUUGGACCUCUGAUAUGACUGUGUCAUUCCGCUACUGGAAGAUUCGUGACUAUGCUCACGCAUAUAGAUCGAAGCUUACAACUCCAUCACUGGUUGCUGAGUGCUUUAUCUCAGCCAUGGAGGAGUUUGAUAAUAAGAACCCAACAGCCCCUCUGCUGAUAUCCUUUAAUCCUGAUGAGGUUAGAAAGCAAGCUGCAGCUUCCACUCAAAGAUUUGAGGACGGAAACCCACUGUCAAUCUUGGAUGGAAUAUUCGUGGCCAUUAAAGAUGACAUUGAUCUCUACCAUCAUCCUACAAAAGGUGCUACAACAUGGUAUCACGAGGUUUAUAAAGUAGAAAAAGACGCAAUUUCUGUUUCAAGAUUACGCUGCUGUGGUGUCAUUUUAGUUGGAAAGGCAAAUAUGCAUGAGCUAGGCUUGGGUACAACAGGAAACAAUCCUAAUCAUGGGACAACAAGAAACCCCCAUGCUCCAAAGCGGUACACUGGUGGGUCAUCCUCGGGCCCUGCGGCAAUUGUAGCAUCUGGAUUGUGCUCUGCUGCACUUGGAACAGAUGGUGGAGGUUCUAUCCGGAUUCCUUCUUCCCUAUGCGGUGUUGUUGGCUUGAAGACCACAUAUGGACGUACUGACAUGCGAGGAGCAAUGUGUGGCGCUGGGACUGUGGAGAUCAUUGGACCUAUCACAGCAACUGUUGAAGACGCCAUUCUUGUGUAUUCAGCAAUAUUAGGAUCCUCUCCUGCAGAUAGAAUUUCUCUGAAACCGGGCCAACCUUGUGUACCUAAUUUAUCUUCAAAUGAAAGUUUGGAUGUUCUGGGAUCAAUGAGGUUGGGAAAGUAUACAGAGUGGUUUAAUGAUGUUUUCUCCCCUGAAAUAUCUGAAAAAUGUGAGGGUGUCCUGCAUCAACUGUCAAAAAAGUAUGGGUGCAAAGUGAUAGAGAUUGUAAUACCAGAGCUGCAUGAGAUGCGGACUGCUCAUAUUGUUUCCAUAGGCUCUGAAUCACUGUGCUCUUUGAAUCCUUACUUGGAGGGAGGGAAAGGAGCAAGAUUGACACAUGAUACUCGAACCAAUUUGGCACUUUUUCGGUCAUUCACAGCAUCAGAUUAUGUUGCUGCUCAGCGCCUUAGGAGAAGGCUAAUGUACUACCAUAUGGAGAUAUUUAAGAACGUGGAUGUCAUAGUAACUGCUACAACUGGCAUGACAGCACCCAUAAUACCAGCAAGUGCUCUUGCUGUUGGAGAGUCAAAUUUGCAAGUGUCAGGAAAUCUCAUGCGUUUCAUUAUAACCGCAAAUCUUCUGGGGCUUCCAGCCAUUUCUGUUCCUAUUGGUUACGACAUGCAAGGACUACCUAUAGGCAUCCAACUCAUAGGCCGACCUUGGUGUGAAGCUUCCAUUUUACAUUUGGCAGCUGCAAUAGAGGAGAAUUGUUCAUCCCCCAAGAGAAAGCCAUUGCAAUUCUAUGACAUACUCAAGGGAGGGAAUUGAACUCCCUUACAAAUAAGUUUUAUGACAAGGGAGUAUGCCGGCUGAAAAUUUGUCGGCAGUGAACAUUAAAUUAACUUACAAUGCGAUGCCCUCACCUUGUUGGAACAAUCUAGGAUGUCAAAGACUUAUAAGGAAACAUGGAAACAAUACCUGUUUUUGUUCAUCACGGUGGUUUUUGGAAUGAAGUCAUGGAAUAUGUAAACUUCUGUGUUUUUGGAAUUACUUUGGCUACAAACAACUCUUUUGCUGAUUUGAUUUAAAAGGUAGCAGAUAGGAUUGGAAUACAAACAACAUCAACCUCAUUAAUAGUUCAAUACAAAGUGAGAGACAAUUAUCCACCACUAAUGAUACAAGAUAACUCAGCUCUGUUGUUUUAUUUGCAUCUGAAGAAACAAGAUACAGAUGUGACGAAGUUCCCUCUAUGCAUCACCACUGCUGGUGUACAAGAAGAAACAAAUUGCAACAUGUUUCUUGUUGGAAAUAAACAAGUGGAAACAACAUCUGGGAUACAAGAAGGAACACUGUCUGAAGAAAGCUCAACGAUUAGUGAAGAGAUAGACAUUAAUGCUUUUAUAUUAGCAUGGGCAAAUAAAACAACUGAUGAACUGCUACAAGAUAAAUUUGUGGAGUCAGAAGCAACAAAGUGCAACAACAGUGAUGUAGCCCCUGAAGUAGGACUGAUAUACAAGAACCGUGCUGAGUUCAAGAAAGCACUGAAGUUGAAUGCUAUAAAAAAUCACUUCCAGUACAUGACUGAAAAGUCAAAUAAGAUUUGUUUUGUGGCUAAGUGUUUGGAUGAAAAUUGCAGUUGGGAGAUAAAAGCAAAACAAAUUGGAACAAUGGGAAGGUUUAAAGUUGUGAAGCUUGUAAAUACACAUUCCUGCAGAUUAGAAGUAAGAUUAGCAGAUCAAAGGCAUGCAACAUCAAGUUUGGUAGCAGAAUGCAUUCAAUCUAAGCUAUUGGAUCCAAAGGCGCAAUAUAAUGCAACCGAUGUAAAGAGGGACAUGCUACAGGAAUAUGGUGUUGAAAUCAGUUACUUAAAAGCAUGGAGAGCAAAAGAAAAAGCACUAAAUAAACUCAGAGGAAAACCAGAAGAAUCAUAUGGCUUUCUGCCACGGUUCUUGAAUAUUGUGAAACAAACAAAUCCUGGAUCAUUUGUGCAACUUAAAAUUAAUGAAGACAACACAUUCUUGUAUGUCUUCAUGGCUAUUGAAGCAUCAAUUAAGGGCUGGGAAUUUUGCAGACCAGUUAUUGUAGUUGACGGGACAUUUUUGACUGGGAGGUAUGGCGGAACACUGUUAACCGCAUCAACACAAGAUGCUUGUGGAAAAAUAUUCCCUAUUGCAUUUUCUGUAGUUGACUCUGAGAAUGAUGAAUCUUGGAAAUGGUUUUUCAGAAAUAUUAAAGAAGCUUUGGUUUAUAGAAGUGGAAUGGUGAUUGUUUCUGAUAGACAUGAGAGUAUUGCAAAAGCUGUUUUAGAAGUGUAUCCAGAAUCUGGGCAUGGGGUAUGCAUAUACCAUCUAUUCAACAACCUCAAGACAAAGUUCAAAAGAAAAACAAAGAAAAUGAAAGAUAGUUUUUUUGAAGCUGCACAAGCAUAUACCAAAGAUGACUUUGAUUGGCACAUUGAGGAACUGAAGAAACUGGAUGAGGGGAUAGUACCAUAUUUAUACUCAGUUGGGUAUGAAAAAUGGACUAGAGUUUUCUCAACAUCAAAAAGAUACUCAACAAUGACUUCAAAUAUAGCCGAAUCCUUGAAUGCCGCAUUGAAAAAGAUAAAAAAUCUGCCAAUAACUGCGUUGCUACAGUUCUUGCAUGCAUUGGUACAAAUAUGGACACAUAUGAACAGAAAUAUUGCAAGAAACACAUUUACCAAACUUGCAAAAGUUCCACAUGAAACACUAGAGCAAAACUACCUCAAAUGCAUGAAGCUAAAGGUGAUUCCUUCUAGUGAAGCAAUAUUUACUGUUUCUGAAAUGAACACAAGCUUUAUUGUUAACUUAGAGGAGAAGAAUUGCACUUGUAGAAGAUUCCAAGUUGAUGAAUUGCCAUGUAUUCAUGCACUGGCAGUACUCAAAAAGAUGAAUCAAGAGCCAUACAAAUUUUGCUCAUCUUACUACUUAAAGGACACGAUGCAACAAACAUAUCAACGGACUGUGCAUCCAAUUCCAGAUCAGGGGACAUGGCCAAUGAAUACUUGCGAUCAAAUGAAAAUCUAUCCCCCACAUGGAAGGAAAAAGUCUGGAAGGCCAAAGAAGCAGAGGUACAAGGCACACUGGGAGAGUACAAGUACACACAAAUGUGGGAAGUGUGGAAACCAAGGGCACAACAGAAAGACAUGUAGGAAUGCACCACAACAGUAGAAAGUUUCUAUAAUGUAGUUUCUAUAAUAUAAUUGUUUUACAAAAUCUCUCAAUUGCUACUGUUCAAACUCAAUUUAAUAUAAAUAUGCAUUCAUA